CCAUCAAAUUUCGUCAUGGGAUUGUUCAUCAAACCCUCCAGGCCUCCAUUCUGCAUCAUCUGCUGAGCCAUCUGCAUGAUUGCUGGAUUUUGCAACAACCUGCAAGCAUCGCAUGAACGUGCCCAUCAGCGCUGAACACCACGCAACCACACAGAGAGCCAUGCCGCACUCACGCUCCAAUGUCUGGCAUGCCACCCCCACCACCACCACCGCCAGCGCCACCCAUCAUGUUUGCGAGCGCACCAAAGUCCAAACCACCUCCGGCCCCACCACCUGCACCGGGGGCAGAUCUGGCAGAAGGAGAUCCCGGUGCAUCCUGAGCAUCCUGAGCGUGCUUGCGAGCAAUCUCCAAUCCGCUCCUCAUCGACUGAUUGUUGGGAUCCAGCUCGAGACCCUUGGUGUAGGCUUCAGCUGCCUCUUCGAAUUUGGAGGUCGAAAAGAGGGCGUGCCCCAGUCUGCUGUAAGCCUUUGCGAAUUUGGGAUCCACCCGACUGGCCUCCUUUGCAUCCUCGAUGGACUUGUCGUGCUGACCCAGUUGAGAGUAAGCGGCGCUCCUGUUGCUAAAGUACACUGCGCUGUUGGGAUUGAGCUGGAUGGCCUCCGUGUAUGCGGCGAUGGCAGCACCGAAAUCCUUUGCGGACAUGGCCUUGUUCCCACUCGCCUUGAGAGACUCUGCCUUGCUCAGCUCAUCCGCGCUGGGCUGCUUGCUCCGCAGCGCCUGCCAUUUUGCUCUGCGUCUUGAGGAAAAUGUCAAACACUUGUUGCAAGCCGGGACCUUUGCCGUACUUGUCCUUUUGAGCUGCGUCGUGCAGAUUCACACCGUAAGCGGAUGCUACAGAGGAGGAGA